AUGGCUACCUCCACACUCUCCACCGGCGGGUUGAUUGAUCCAACCAAACAAGCCGAGUACCCCGUCAUCUUGGGUGAUCGACUGGCUGGGAAGCAUGGGAACUCACCAUCACAGUUGAUCAAUGUUCAGUAUAAUUAUCGGACCAAAUCCUCCACUGCGCGAUCCGUCAUCACUCCGUCCUCGCAGUCCCGGAACCAUUACAACCUCACGAUCACCGAUAAAGCGCCGAAUGCCGAACAGAACGUCUUGACCUACUCCUACCACGGCAGUGUGGAUCCAGAUCAGUCCGCUGCACCAUCCGACGAGCACCAUCUGGUUCUAGUGUUUGAUCCAGAUCGGAAGGCGUUUGUUUUGGAGCCGGUCGCAACCCAGCUGAAUUUCAACCUUCGAUCGGCGCCCGCCAAGACAGAGAAGCAAGUGAUUGAGCAGUAUAAACAGUUACGAAUAAUCCAAGAUGAUGAGCAAGGUUCAGGGGACGAUCGCGCGUCUGGGGAUGCAAGUGGAAAUGAUGAGGGCCCUGCGGAUGAGUCGAAUCCCUACGACUACCGCCAUUUCCUUCCCAAAGAUAACGCCGAUGAUGACAAGUCUGCCUCUGGGAAUGCUACUCCUGAACCUCAGUCAGGGGCCAGUAAAGCCAAUACACCGUUAAUGCCAGCGACUCUCAAACCGACUCCAAGCCCGAAACCUCGCCCCAAGACACAAACGAACCCACUGCGACAACCGAAGAAGACGGCUCCAGCUGCUAAACGGGAGACUGCAGCAGUACCCAAGGCCGCGGCCAGGCCUCAGCCUAGUAUUGAGAAGGAGGAGACAAAACCAAAACUAAGGGAGGACAAAGAUGAGCUCGUGGAAGACGAUUCCAAGUCUCUUUCCGACACUGGCACGGGCGGUACCUCGACUCGCAAGGCGGCUCCCUCGCCAGGCUCCAAUAUUAUCAUCGACGGCGACUUGAUCAUUGAUAUGGGCUCGCCGCCCCCUUCGCGGCCGGCGUUCAAAGUCAAUCCUGCCCACUUCUCGUCUAAUAAUACGCCCGCCAACGAUGAUGACGAGGAUGAGGACGUUGAGGACCUGCGGCUUCCGUCUCCAGCCGGGCAUUCAGGAUUGCAGGCGCAUUCCCAUGAAGCUGAGCCUGCGCGGACUGCCCCCGCCGAGGACGAUGAAGUCGAGGACGACGAUGCGCUGGCGGCCGAGAUGGAGGCUGCGUUUGAAGAGAGCGCGCGGGAAGAAGAGGCAAGGAGCCAACAAUCGCAGCAGUAUCAUGUGCAGAGUGAAGAUGAGAGCGAGGUCAGCGAGGAGGAGUGA